AGGGGAGCGGGGAGGGGGCGCCCGGUUCAGAGACAGACUGAAGCGGGAGGGAAGCGUGGUUUUUUUUUAAUCUUUAUCAGUUGUCAGGAACAAGGGACGGUGCAAAAACUACCAAAGCGUGAACAAAAAAAAAAACCAAAAAAACACGGAUUACAAGAAUUAUGAACUUCGGACUUAAAGAAAAAUAGCUGAAACAGACGGAAGUUUUGGAGGUACCAUUGCGUGGCAAAUAAAAAAAAAAAAAAAUAGCAAACUGUUUCCUGGUUUGAGCUACAGGGUCGGCUCGGCUGCUUUGACCGGUGAUUAAGAGGCGGUGCUGCCCGUCCAGGCCAUGGCUGUCCACCCGCGCCGAGUCCGGCUCAAGCCCUGGCUGGUCACCCAGGUGGACAGCGGUCUGUACCCGGGACUCAUGUGGCUGAACAGAGAGGCCAAGAGAUUCCAGAUACCAUGGAAACACGCCACCAGACACAGCCCCCAGCACGAGGAGGAGAACACCAUCUUCAAGGCUUGGGCUCUGGAGACUGGGAAGUACCAGGAAGGGAUCGAUGAACCAGACCCGGCCAAGUGGAAAGCUCAGCUGCGCUGUGCCUUGAACAAGAGCCGGGAGUUCAAACUCAUCUACGACGGCACCAAGGAGGUUCCCAUGAACCCGCUGAAGAUCUACGACGUGUGUGAAAUCCCGCAGGUCAUCGGAAACCCAGGUUCCACGGGCUCCGUUCCCUGGGAGGAGAAUGAUGCAGAUCCGGAGGAAGAGGAGGAUGAAUCGUUUCCCUACCUGCAUGUCAAGGGCUCUGUGUCCCCGAUAGACCCUGCCAGUGUCCAGAGCUGUCCCCCUGUGGAGGUCUGGCCGAAGGAGGAGCCGGUGGAUAUGGAGGUGCCCCCGACCCCCCUUCCUGAGGACAUGUUCAGCUCUCCUGAAAUGUGGAUCAGCUCCUUGCCUAUGACGGAUCUGGAGGUGCAGUUCCAGUUCCGCGGUAAGGAGGCGUGCCCCCCGCUGAUCGUGAGCAACCCCCAGGGCUGCAGGCUGUUCUACGGGGACCUGGGGCCCAUGGUGAACCAGGAGGAGCUGUUCGGGCCGGUCAGCCUGGAACAGCUGCGUUUCCCGUCCGCCGAACACAUCGCCAACGAGAAGCAGCGACUCUUCACCGGCCGCUUGCUGGACGUCAUGGACCGCGGCCUCAUCCUGGAGAUCAGCGGGCAUGAUAUCUACGCCGUGCGGCUCUGCCAGUGCAAGGUGUACUGGUCCAGCCCCUGCGCCCCCAACCCCAACGCGCCCAACCUCAUCGAGAGGCAGAAGAAGGUCAAGCUCUUCUGUCUCGAGUCCUUCCUCAGCAGUGUGAUUGCCCAGCAGAAGGGACAGUCGGAUAAGCCAGCCCAGUUUGAAAUACACCUCUGCUUUGGGGAGGAGUGGCCUGAUGGGAGACCCAAGGAGAGGAAACUCAUCAUGGUCCAGGUGAUCCCGGUAGUGGCCCGCAUGAUCUACGAGAUGUUCUCGGGGGAUUUCACACGCUCCUUCGACAGUGGCAGCGUGCGUCUGCAGAUCUCCACGCCCGACAUCAAGGACAACAUCGUGGCUCACCUCAAGCAGCUCUACCGCCUCCUGCAGACCCACCAGGGACACGAUGGCUGGCAGAUCCCACCCAGCGCCAACAUGCACAUCCCGCCCGCGCUCUCCGCCCAGUAACCAAACAGACCCUUAAACGAUUGACGGGGCAAUUUACCAUGCAGGGCAUUUGCUUAAACAUGUGUGUGUGUAUUUCAACCGUACUCGCCCAUGCUUUGCCAUGGUUUCACUUUAUCACAAUUUGCCAUGCUUUGGCCAUUUUACAAUAGUCAACUUUUACAAACUUUUACAUGAAAGGAUAGCUUCAUUUGUGUAUAUAUAAUGUAAUAUCUGUCUGUCUAGCUAUAUAGAUAUGUGUCUAUUGUACUAUCCAGGGUCAUUUUAUAAAGUCACGAGGCCCUUUUGAAGGACGCUAUCAAUCAAAAGGGGGCUGUAUUUUUUAAUCUCGCAAUGCUUUGUUGCCUGAACCCACGUCCACGCUCGGAUCACUGUCUUGUGAUGUUUUGCACAGAAAUCUACGGUGCCUGGGAGGGGGCUUGAGAGAGAAAACCAUAUUUCAUUGAUAGGUAUCUCGUGACCACAAAAUGUGGAUUUUUUUUCUCUCGUGACUCGUCCCGGGCUCUGCAGAAAUCCACACAAAGGCAUGGCAGAGUUAGGUUUGCAGUGUGAAGUGUGCUGCUGAAUCUCUGAUAAUGCACAGUGCUGGGGUGGUAGACUGAGGAUCACAGAGCUACAAUCCGGGCGUCCGUUGUUUGGCGUCUCCACCUCCACCACCAGAGUUCUACUGAAGAAAUGAUUUUAUCACCCUGCAGCCUCUAGCAAUUUCUUUCAGGGUUCCUGGUGUCAAGUGUAGACAAAAGAAAAAAAAAUAUUGCUGUUUUAAUUGAUACAUUAUUAACGAUGUUUUUUUUUUGUCAUUUUUUGUUGCUAGGAUUUGUCAUUUUUCGUCUUGUAAAUUGCAGGUUAAUACAACAUGUCUUUCUGUUUUAAAGAGCUCACAUCAUUUUUAGGACAGGUGUGUGUGUGUUGAAUUGAAAUGAGGGAUUGCUGAUUGUUCUGAUGCUGUGGAAUCCCUCCUGCAGGACCCGAGUGAAGCGAGCUGGCCCUGUUAACAGGAGAAUCUCCGGUCUCCAGGUCGGAAGGGACUGACACAGACACUCCCAGUUGCUAUAUGGAGCUGGUCGCAGGCAUGGUGUCCACUGUAUUGUUGUUGUGUGUAAACUGAUCUAUGCCUUGCUUGUAUAGCAGAUGUUAUCUAUGCAGCGUGUGACGUGGAUCGCACUGCACUCCUAUGGAGCUCAGUUUAGUAUCCUGCUGAUGUGAUUUAUCUGCACUGUCUGCGUUUACUGAUGCUGCCAGUCAUUGUACUGGGAUCAGACGUGGAGUACCAGCAGCAGUGUAGAGAGUAAAAUGUCUUCGGAAGACGCAAUAUUCAAACAAUAAAUACUAUUUACUAUAA